AUGUUUGGCCAGUACACGCUCGAUGGCAUCCCGGCCGAUGGAACCUAUCGGGUGCCAAAGCUCAAUCAUAAGAAAUCGCGGUUUGGCUGCCAGCGAUGUCGCACACGGCGGGUAAAGUGCAAUGAGGCCAAGCCCACAUGCCAGCACUGCGAGCGACACAGGGCCAAGUGCAUCUAUGAUCGGCUUCCACAGAAGAGGACGAGCCAAGAGACAUCUCCGGGUUCUUCAUCUCAACCCCUGGCCAGCGAAUCGGGAGUUUCCGAGACCAGCCCUGACAAACCCUCCCCUUUAUCGUCGGUGGAUCCGCUGGACGAAGAGGUCUUGGAAUCGAAGCAGCGACGGCUGUUGGAGACGAGGCUGAUGCACCUCUACGUCACUGAGACUGGACCUUCGUUGCCUAUCGAUGAAAAGACUUACAAAGUCUUCGCCACCUUGGCUCCCAAGUUAGCGUUGGACUCUGAAGCCUUGUUGUAUGCCAUUUAUGCGUUGGCGGCCAUCCACUCGCUCAUAUGCAACAUAGAUGAUUCUUUUGACGGACUCAAUGUACAUAGACGAUACCUGACAAUGGCUGUCCAUGAGCAUCAAAAGGAGAUUCUCGAGCUGAACGAGUCCAACUUUGAAGUCGUAUGCCUCACAUCACACUUGUUGCGCGUCUGCACGUUUGCUACGUUACGGUACCGAGCUCGUGAACCAUAUACCCCUCCUCUCGAAUGGAUAUUGAUCACGGCGACGACGCAAGCCCUCUUCACCAAAGCUUGGGGAAUAAUUUUGGCGCAUCCGGAAUCGAUCGUGGCGGGCAUGAUGAGGAGCUCGCCCAUCAUUUACGAUUUGCAGCUGAGAUACAGCGAGGCAAACCGGCGGGGCUUGGAGUACAUGCUCGAGCGUGAUGCCGAAGACGUUGUGUCGGAGCCGUGGGACAUGGAGAUCCAGGACGCAUAUGAGACGACUCUCAGCUACAUCGGAGGGAUUUUGCUGUUGGUGCAUUCCAAAGACGCCAACAUCGACCCUGGCGACGCAAGGCGAAGGCUGGUGAUAUUCCCCAUGGCCGUGAAGAAGAAGUUUCUCGACCUCAUGCAAGAAGUCCGUCCGAGGGCCAUGGUAAUCAUGGCAUACUAUUUCUCGAUGCUUGUCAUUGAAAAGCUGUGGUGGGUUGGCGAUGUGGGGAAGCUUGAAGUGCAGAGCAUUGCGGCAAACUUGCCGGCCAAGUGGCAGAAGAUGAUGGACUGGCCAUUGCGGGUGGUAGAGACGGGGACCAUUCUGCCGAUAUAA